GCUUUAAUAGAUCUGAAUCCAUAAAAGGGAAAGUACGUUUCCAUAGCAACUUUUUAGAAAUUUAUUAAAAAAUUAUUAUGCUUAAUUAGGCUCUCCAUUGGUACUGAAAUUUUUCUAUUAUAUUUUUCACUAUCAUGUAAUAGGAACUUUUGGCUUAUAUGCCGUCCUACGAAUGGACGUACAAGUAUACGAGUAUAUUUGCUAAGUGUCAUAGAAUUUGUUUAGUUUUGUGGAGAAUAAUAUCAUUCUAAGGUUGCAAUAAUGGUUAAUGAUAGGAAUCCAUCUACACAUAAUAUGUUACUAGGAUUUAUUGCAGGCAUUUCAACAGUAUUGGCAUUGGCUUUAUUAAUGUUCUGCCUCUUCUGGAAAAGGGUCAUUCCAUUUUUUAACAAACCUAAGAAUUUGAAAGGAAAGGAGUUUGAAAGCUUGAAAUAUGAAAAAAUAUCUAUAAGAUGUUUUAAUCUUGAGGAACUAGAGAGAGCUACCAAAAAUUUUAGCCAAGAUUGCUUAUUGGGUUCUGGUGCAUUUGGUAAUGUUUAUAAGGGAACCUUUGAGUUAGAAGGAAUAUUAGCCAUAAAGAGAUCUCAUUCUGAAUCAUUCUUAAGUGUUGAGGAAUUCAGAAAUGAGGUUCGGCUUCUUUCAGCAGUAAAGCACAAGAAUCUUAUUGGUCUAGUUGGAUAUUGUGAAGAACCAGAACGAGAAGGAGCAAAAAUACUAGUCUAUGAAUAUGUUCCAAAUGGUUCACUUCUGGAGUACAUGAUAGGAAACACAAGGAGAAGCUUAACUUGGAAACAGAGAAUCAACAUAGCAAUAGGAGCAGCUAAAGGCAUAGCUUAUUUGCAUGAAGAGAUGAAGCCAAGUAUAAUUCACCGUGACAUAAAACCAAGUAACAUUCUAUUAGGGGAAAAUUUUGAGGCUAAAGUUUCAGAUUUUGGGUUGGUAAAAUCAGGGCCAACUGGUGAUCAAUCACAUGUUAGUAGCCAAAUCAAAGGGACACCAGGGUACCUUGACCCUGCAUAUUGUUCAAGCUGCCAUUUGACCAAAUUCAGUGAUGUGUAUAGUUUUGGUGUCAUACUUUUGCAACUUAUUUCAGCUAGGCCUGCCGUGGAUAAUGCUGAAAAUCAAAGUAACCAACAUAUUAUUGAUUGGGCAAGGCCUAGCAUAGAGAAGGGUAAUAUUGACGAAAUCAUGGAUGCAAAUCUAUUUUGUCAAAGUGAGCCAUGCAAUAUGAAAGUCAUGUUGAAGAUGGGGCAACUUGCAAUAAAAUGUAUAGCUCAAGAACCAAAACAUCGUCCCACAAUGACACAAGUUUGUAAAGAACUAGAGCAAGCCCAUUAUUCAGAUGAUAGCUUCAGUAACAAGGAACCAGAGACACGUGGAUCAGUGGAACGCUAUGAUUGUUCACAGAGCUUUGUGAGCUUAGAUGGUGUAGGAUUAGAGAAAUUUCAUGUUGAUAUGGAUAGCUUCUCCUUUAAGAGCACAAACUUAAGGUGUCUAGAAAAUAAUAGCUUUAGUAUUGAUAUUGACAAGAACAAUGUGAGUAGAAUAUAAUAGAAGCUAAGGUGUUAUAUGAAUUACAAUUAUCAACCCUUUUCUAUCUUUCAAUUCAAGACAUAUCAGGGUAAAUCAAUAGCUUUAAUGUACUAAGUUGUAAGAUAGUAUAAAAUGGAGUUGUAAAGAAGUUGAUAUACUUAGAAACUAGUAAUAUUAAGAGA